AUGUUUCCUCCAGCAAAGAACGGCAGAGACAGGCCAAUCGUUGCUGACUGGAUGGCGGGUGUCCAGUCCCUUCUUCCCGCAGUGGACUUUGAUCACCCCAAUGACAGUGCUGAACCUAAUCGUCACCCGGAUAUUAGUGCCAUUGAUUUUGCAACCGACGACUUCAAUUUCGCAACAGAUCUAACAGACGAUGUAUUCUCAAACCGACUGCCUCUAUUAUGCGACGAUACAUUUGACGAUUUCUUCUCCUUCGAUCACGAUGCCAAUGGCAGUGACAAUUCCUACCCCAUCUCUCCAUUGACAGAGAUGGCCCAAUCAGCCAACACGCGCGCCGACGACGAUCAACGCAGUACCGGCCCCCGAUCCAAGCGAGCCAACACCACCAACACUACUGCAGGAACACAGCAGCGAGACGCACAGGAUCUCAGGUGCUGGGACCACGGGUGUAACGGACAGUUGUUUACGACGCUGAGCAACCUGAAGCGGCACCAGAAGGAAAAGUCGAGCCAACGGCCCUCUUACCCGUGUAAUAUGUGCGGAGCCAUCUUUAGUCGCACUACGGCGAGGAAUCAUCAUAUUCAGAAUCAGAGCUGUAAUAGGAUUCGUCGACAUUCUAACGGGAGGGUGCGGCCGAAUAGAGCGUUGAGGUCCUUGACGCAAUAG